CUGGAGAGGGCGCUGGCGCUGCUGGAGAAGACGGACAGCUGGUGGGUGGCCUGGCUGGAGAAGGCGCUCUGGGCCGCCCCGCUGGAGGAGGCCGAGGCGGCCCGGCGGGAGGCGCAGGCCCUGAGCGCCGCCCUGCAGCAGGAGCCGCCACCGACAGCCGCGGAGGAGGCGCCGGAGGGGGAGGCCGAGACGGCGGGGCUGCUGCCGCUGCUGCGCGCCCUGGAGGAGGGUGAGGGCACGGCGGCAGUGGCGGAGGGCGAGGCGGCCCCGCGGUGGCGCUCGCUGGAGGAGAUGCGCGACGCCCUGCAGAGCGCGCCCUUCGACGAGGUCUUCGCCCUGCUGAAGCAGCCGCAGGCGCUGCGCCAGGCGCUGCCGGGGAGCCCCGAGGAGGCCGAGGAGCCGGGCGAGCUGCUGGCCAUGCUGGGGGCACUGGACGAGGCCUUUGCGCGGGCCCGGCCAGACACCUGGCAGGAGCAGCUGAGCGCCCUGCGCGGUGGGCGCUGGGAGGACGAGGCGGCGGCACUGCUGGAGAAGGUCUGGGCGCUCAAGACGGAAGUCUUCCUCCUGGCCGCCGACCUGGACCGCGAGGAGAAGGUGGUGGCGCUGGCCGAGGAGCUGCGAGCACUGCACGAGGCCGCCGCUGCCGCCCCGCUGGCCGACCGGGAGGCGCUGCGGGAGAAGCUGGCGGCCCUGCAGGCGGCCCUGCGUGCCUUGCCCGUGCGGGAGGUGCUGCUGCUGCGCGCCAAGGCCAAGGCGCUGCGCCAGGCCGCCACCGACUUCUGGACGGAGCCGCUGGCUGAGGCGGACGCGUUGCUGGCCGAGGCGGACGGGCUGCGGGAGGCGCUGGCCGGCUCGGCCCUGCGGGAGCCGCUGUGGGCCAAGGCGGAGGAGCUGCGCGGGGCGCUGCGCGAGAUCGCCAAGAAGAAGAUCAGCGUGCUCUCCUACUACCUGUGGAAUGUGCUCUGGAGCCCCCUCUGGAAGAAGGUUGGCGACAUGCAGCGGGCCCUCUGGAAGAUGCCACGCAAGGAGGAGGGCGCCGUGCAGGAGAAGCUGGCCGACCUGGAGCACGCACUGGACGAGAUCCUGGAGGACAACCUCAGCGGCCUGCCUCGCAUCCUCUACGCCCUGCCGGGCAUCGUGACGGCGCUGCAGAAGAAGGUGCACGCGGUGCGCGAGAGCCUCCAGGAGACGCCGCCCGAGAUGGCCGUGGCCCUGCAGGGGAAGGUGGUGGCCAUGCAGGAGGAGCUCUGGAAGAUCCCCUUCAAGGAGGCGCACCUGAUGCAGGAGGACCUCAAGGCCUACUGCCUCGCCCUGCAGAGGAAGGUGGAGGCCUGGUGGGCGCGGCCCCCGGAGGAGGCAGCCCCGGCCAAGGCGCCCCCCAGGAUGGAGAGGUGGGACGGCGGCUGGACCAGGAGGGGCGCCCCCGAGCCAGCCGCUGCACCCGGGGAUGCUGAGGUUGGAGGAAUCAGACAGCCGGGCCUUUCCUCUCCGGCUCUCCCGGCGACACCUGGGGCGCCAAACCCCCCAACCGGAGAAGCGGCACCCGCUGUCGGGACUGGGCGCUUCCAGUAUUUGGCGCUACGAGCGAUUCCGCACUCCCAUUUCCAGCAGAGGAAGGACUGGUACGAAAACACCGACCAGGACCUGCGUGAUUACGUGGUGCAGAGGCUGGUCCAUGCCAUCUUCCCCACUCCUGACUUGGCCCUCCUGAAGGAUCACCAGGUGGAGAAGGUGGUGUCCUACGCCAAGAAGGUGGAAGGGGACGUCUACCAGUCGACCAACCACUGGGACGUGUAUUGCUGCCUAAUUAUGGUGAAGCUCUUCAAAAUAGAGAAGGAACUGAGGGAGAAGAGGGCCCUCCGGGGCCACAAGCAAGGCAUCGCGGACGCCCAGGCCUCGCCCAGGGGACCAGCCCAGCCUGCGGUGCUUCUCGGCAGUCAGCUGGCCGCCCCAGAAGUGCCUCCGAGCCCCACCCAGGACCCCCCAGGUGUCCCUCCGCUGAACCCCAUGUCCAUUUGGACCAUCCAGACCUCUCCCGUUUCGCUGGACCCCCUGGCAGCCCCCCAGACAAGCCCGCCUGCUCAGACCCACGGCGAGGAAGCGGCUCCGGCGGUGCCCGCCUCUUCCCCUUGGCUGCCUCAGCCCCAAAGCGCAACAAGGGCCUCUUUGGGCACCUUCCCGAGCCCUCCUCCGGCCCCCGGCCAGUUCCUGCCCCCGCAUCUGUUUCCUGCCCCCCUCGGAGCUCUGGACACCAGCCUGGGCAUCCUGGGGGAAUCGGCUCCACAGGACGGAGGAGCCCAGGGCCAGGACCCCGGCUCCCAGGACCCCGGCUCCCCCCUCUCUCACUCUGUGCCUGCCGUGACCCUUCUGCCUCCUCACGCCUUGCCAGGGGCCCAGAGUCCAAGCGCAUCCUUGGGGCCGAUGGCGGCGGCAGCAGCACCGGGCCUGAGCCCAGAGCCCCCUCCCCAGCAGCAGCCCCACCCACCCUGCCCGAAGUCAGCCCCGGGCCCUGGCACCCUGGGGGACCCCCACUUUGGGACCAGAGAAGCUGCCUCCCAUGGGCUGCUGGGUAAACGCCGGAGACUGGCCGAAGGGGUCUGGAGUGCCUCCCCUGCUGGCCCCUCCCCCUUGGCCCUACCCGAUGCCCUGGCGCAGCCACCUCCGGUGACCCUCGAGUCCCUUCACCGCUCGCUGGAAGACUUGCGCAUCUCUGUCCUCCGCAACCUUGGGGCUGUCCAUAGGCAGAUGGAGGCCCUGGAGAAGAGGAUCCACACGCUGGAGCGCUGGCGGGCAGAGACGGAGGGGCGCCAGCAGCUGCCACCACCGUAGCCGACGGCCGGGCUCCCUUCCUCCCUUUGUACAGACACCCUGUUCUAAGGACGGUUCCGGCUUUGCUUCCCUUUUUAUUCCUCAAACGUCAGACAAUUUUCACUCUGCUCCUUGGAUGGCAGCGUCCGGUUGCUGAGACGGGCCUCCCCAGCAUGUCACCCCCCCCGUGGUUCAUCCGGUGCCGGGUGGCCCUGGAGCCCAGUGCUGGGGGACGGGAUGGCCUCUGAAGCCGAGGCCGCUCCGGAAACUGCCCAGCCUCCUCUGGGCCCCGGGGAGCGUUGGGGGGGAGUGGGGAGGGGCACGACAUUUGGGAGGCCACACGGGCCGAGACCAGGGAGAGGAGGCCCCGGUGGGAGCCUCGGCUGCUCUGGCCGGUCUUGGGGGGGGGGGCGCCGUCCCCCUCGCCUGGAAGAUCAGCUGACGCUCGGAGCUCCUUCCCCUCACGACUGAGAACCGCGUGCCUGACUCUGGGAGCAUCCUGGGACUUCUUCACCCAUUCCUCCUCCAUGAAUGUGGCUGCCCCGGGAGAGCCGGAUAUGGACGACAGAGGCUUCACCUCUGUCAGCAGCCGCCUCUCCCGCCCUGGACUGGCUCGCCUGCUGAGCGAGGGGGCCUGAAGCGGGAGGGAAGGCUGUGCUGACAGCGGAACUCACCCACGGCCGGAAGGUGGCGAUGUGUUGCCCGGCCCUUGGGCUGCCUGGACGGUGGCGGGAGGCCCAUGUGAGCUCUCCUGGGUCCAAGGGGGAGGGGAGGCAGGGGGUUUGUGGCUUUGGGAUGGAUGCGAAGCAGUUUGAGUGGGGAAGGGACCCGGGCUGCCCGUGAAGACCGUGAAGGGUUGGGAAAGCUCUGUCCGUCUCUCAAAAGCCACCACGGAUGAGGAACAACUCCUUCCAAGGGCAUCCAGUCUGCCAGCCACUGCCGGAUGCUUUCAAGGAUGUUUCUUUCAGGUCGUUAUAGGAGGAGGUCUGGGUUCGCCUAAGGGGCCCCCCAAAAGAGGGGUUGCCUGGUCGCUGAAGAAAACUUUCUGCCUUUUAAUAAAAAUCGCUAGUUGGAAAAGA